AUGCCUUCUCUCCGCAGAUCAAUUCCACGCUGUUAUCUGGAAACUGAGUCAGAGAUUGAUUUUGGUACAGUGACUGCAAACAGUAAAGUAAUUAGUAAAGAGAUUAGUAUUGCUAACCAUGGAUCAUCAUCAGGUGCAUUUAAGAUAUCAUAUGAUGGGGUUGUCUUGCUUAACAUAGAACCUACCAGUGGAGUGGUGGAGCCUGAUUCUUUAAAGGUGGUUAAAGUGGAUAUCUGUACAGAUGUACCAAGAGUCAUCAAAGAAGUGAUAAAAGUGGAGUUGGAAGGACGUGGCUGCACUGAAGUAUGGAUCAAAGCUGUUGUGGUUGAACAAAUUCUGAAAGUUCUAGGAGUAUCUUGUGGAAAUGUAUUGGAAUGCAUUAAUUUUGGACCGGUUUACUUUGGGUCUUCAAAGACUGAACAAAUAUGUUUAUACAAUAAAAGCCCAGAGUGUAUGGACUGGGUAGCAGUGCUAGAAGACAAUGGCAUUGGAGGAGAGAUGGGAACAGAUCUUCAGAGGAGUGCAGAUGCUGUUUUACAAGAUUUAAGCCUCAUGAGUAAAACAGAAGAUGUAAACGUUUCCACUUUGAUCCUGUGCUUUCCCAAUCAAGGAACCUUGCUACCUUAUGAGAAAUCUUUUCUUACAUUGUGCUUUAGUCCAAAGAAAUUUAAAAAGGCUUUUGUAGUGAAUGACCUGUCACCAAAACAAGAUUAUGUACUGUUUCUGAAAUUUGAGACUGUUGGGAAUAAAGAUGGCUAUCGGAAGGCCUGUGAUGAUGGUACCACGCCAAUCACAAUGAAUCAUCCUCAUCACACUGAGCUGGCUUUGAAAGGUUCUGGGAUUCCUGUCAUGUUAACUUUUAAUCCAGGACCAGUUAUUGAGUUUAUGGACUGUUUCUUGGGUGAACAAACACAAGUUCUGUGCACACUCAAAAAUGAAUCUGAGUCCCUUCCAGUAAAAUUCAGUUUCCGCAAGACUGCUCAUUUUAAUAUUUCUCCUGAAAAAGGAAAAAUAAAAAAAUGUUCUGCAAAGGAUGUGAUAUUUUCAUUUUCUCCGCAUCAAAUAGGAACAUUUAAAGUGAAGCAAGUUGUUGAUAUCAUUGGUACAGGACUAGAAAAUAAUUUACAGGUUUCGAAGACAAAAUCUUUUCACCAAAUAUACCUGAGCUUUAUUGGCGUGUGCAAAUCUAAGACAAAAAACAUCCUAUUCAAAAUUAAUCCUGGUAUAACACCAAUGAUUUCCAAUGCAACUGGACAGUUUGUAGCUGAUGGCACAGGACAGUGCUCUGAUACUGCACCUGUGGCAAUACUUAAAUCAACCCAAACACAAAUCCAUACUCACCAGAUAAACAGAAAUUAUAAGGGUGAUGCACUUACAGCUUUUCCUAAUGACCGCUCAGCCAGCAUUAGGCCUAGUGAACGGAAUAAAAAAUACAGGACUAUUUUUACAAAGACUGAGAGAUAUAAUUACAUAGAUCCACAGUUUUCUUAUACUGACUAUGAACGACUGUUAAAAGAAGUACACAAGGAAUACUAUGCCAAUUUCAUUUCUAGUUUAAGGCAGCGUCGCUUGCAGAAAGAUGCCACCAGGCAGUUUAAUAUUUAUAAUAAUUCUGUGAGCAUAGGCCUUAAACCUGCAGAAGGACUUGUGUCACCAAAGAUCUCAAUCGCUGAUUUUCACAAGGAAGAGCUACAGUUCAAAAUGCUUCCUUUAGAUGAGAAUUGCCUAUUAACUAGUCGAAGACUGGCAGCAAGUGCUUCUAAAUCUUCAGUCAAAGAAAUUUGGAGCGGGCUUAGGGCUAUGCCAUCUUCUACCCAAGAGAAGGAAGAUUGUAGUCUAACUUUGACACCCAAACAGCUUCAUCAAAUACUAAUUGGUCCUUCUACUGUGGACUUUGGUGAUGUUUGUGUGUACUCUACAACUACCAGAAAACUACAUAUCAUCAAUAACUUGUUAGUCCAUAUAUGGAUACAAAUUGAGAUUGAAAUUGAUGAACUAGAGCAGACAAGUCCACUGUGUCAGGUGGUGCCUCCUCUUACAAAAACUUAUAUUCCAGUAGUUUUUGAGACAAACAAGCUUGGAAUGUUUAAAAAAUCUUUUUCUUAUACAAUAAACAACAAGCAUCCUGGGCACGUGCUGGUCAUUGCAAAUGCAGUGUCUGUUGAACUUCAGUUGUCUGAAAGGGAACUGAUUUUAAAUCCUAUUCCUGGCUACCUGGCAGAGACAGAAUUUAGAACAACUGUCAGGGUAUACAAUACCAGAAACCAUUCUGCUGAGUUUACUUGGAAACCUGUAAUUACAGAUAAAGGAACUGCAUUUUCUAUACAGCCAGCCAAAGGCUUUGUGGAGCCCUAUAGAGACUUAGAGUGUGAAGUUGUCUGGCAUCCAGGGUUCAACUCCCCAGAAGCAGGAGAAUUCAACUUGUGUGUGCGUAAAGGAAACACAAUUAAGUUGAAAUGUUUUGCAAAGCUUGGUACCACGAAAGUUCAGUUUAUAGAACAAAGGAUACCAUUCAGUCAUUGUCCAAUGGGUUUAUCUACUUGUAAGACAGCCAUUCUUCAAAACACAGGAUACAAUCAUGCCUACUUCCAAGUCCUUCAUUCAAAUCCACUGCCUGGAAUGUUGAUCACUCCUUGUGACGGGGUGGUACCUGUGGGAGGCCAUACUGAGCUCAAAAUCCUUUUUACUCCAAAUGCAAAAAUCAGUUUUGAUACAAGAGUGGAGGUAGCAGUGCGAAAUUCAGGAGUACUAGUGCUCAGAAUUGUUGGAUAUGUAGAGACCCCUGAAAUAAAGAUUGAUGUGGAACUAUUUGACUUUGGUGGUGUUUAUGUUGAUUCUACAAAAUCAAUUCCAUUUUUGCUUCAGAACAAAGGACAGGCACGUACCAGAGUGGAGUUUGAUUUUUUCCAGUAUAAGGAUUUUAAAUUGAGUGCUAAUAAUCAUUCAGUGGUUGAAAACUGUUCUUCAGAGCCUUAUUUGUAUUCAGUUGACUUAGAGGGAAAGUCAUCUUUGCAGUGCUCGUUGUCCUUCAUGCCAAAAGAGGUGGCAGCUUAUGACUUCACUCUUCCAGUUAAUACUCCUUGGGAUGACUUUCCAUUGCUACAGCGAUCCUCUAUAUCUGCAACUUCUGUUGGGCCUGUAAAGCACACUAUUGCUCCCCAGCCACAGACAGUGACUUUGGCUAAUCCAGUCUGUAGAGUUAAAGCAGUUGUACUUAAAUCACCACUGGAAUUAUCCUCAAUGAAACUUACAUUUACACAACAUUCAAGUUGUAUACAUUACAAUAGUCCUGAUGAAAGUCUGAAUUCCCAGGAGCUUGACCUGAAGAAUAUCUCAAGGCAGUAUUUGACAUGGAAAUUGAACUGUGAUGAUGCAGACAAAAAUACAGAAGACAGUAUUUUCAAAUUUAGUCUGCAUACUGGAUUUCUUGAUCCAGGACAAAAAAUCAGUAUUACUGUAUUCUUCUGCCCUUCUCGUCCUGGGACAUAUGCAUCUGAAGUGUCAGUGUGUCUAAAUGAUAAUCCAUCACAUUACAAAAUAACCUUGUCUGGUAUUAUGAAGUCACCAAAAAUAAAUUUUGAUCCCCCCUUUUUAAUGCUGAUGCCAGUUCCUCUGGAUGUGAAAACUGAAACAGCCAUCAAUGUUAUUCCACAAGAUUACUUAAGGUCAUCGCGAAUUCAAGUUGAACUUCCCGAGCUCGAACUUGAAGAUGGUGACAGGAUUUGCCCUUUUUCUAUAAAGUUUCCAGAAGGACAAGAUAUAAUUCUUUCAUCAAAUGGCACAAAUAUGGAACUAAAUUGUCAUAUCAGCUUCAGAUCAUCUAAGCCAAUUUCAUCUUUAGGGACCAUAUCCUUCACUGAUGAAGAAGGAAACAGAUUCUCCCUUCAGGUUGCUGCAACAGCAGAGAAUUGCCUUCUUACUUUAUACCCAUAUUUGGCAUUUCACCUCUCUGAUCAACAAGUUACUUUGAUAAGCAACAGUAAAGACUACAGUAGUGGAGAAGUUGUUCUGCAUCCACGUUAUACUCCACAAUCGCUUCCCCAUAGUACUUCCUCAAGUUCCUUUGGUGCAAUCACUGAAUCAACCUAUGAAUAUUCCCAGUCAGAGUUCGAUACUACCCUUGAAAGUGAAAGUGAUGAACAGACGAGUGAAGAGAGUGAAGCUGAUAGUCCAAGUGAUGGGAGAGAAAAUAAAUCUGAGUUAUCAUUUUUUCCUGAUGAGGACAAAGAAGAGUACAUUUUCUUUCAGAAAGCUCUAACUGCUGUUCAGAGUUGGUUCACUCUCUUUGGCUGGUCUAAGGGACCAAAUCCUAUUUCAAUACCAUAUUCACUAAGACGCGAUGUCUGUAAAGCCCAGAGGAGUUCUUCUCAAGAAAAUGUUUUUAAACAAAACCUUGGCAAAGAUACUAAGACUGUUUACGACAUGCUAUUCCACCUGAGUGGACAGUUGUUACCUGGCAUUACAUUGAGCCGGUCACUGCCCCUUGAUCCUGUUGAACAAAUUCUACAGCUCCAUUGGCAGCAUUCUACAUUCCUUACUUUCCUUAAAAGCCAAGGAGCAUGUCUUCCUCAUGUUAUGCCAGAAUUCCUGCUUGAACCUGAUGAUUAUAAGAAGUGGAUUAAAGUGCAAACUCUGUUGAAGGACCACAUGACUGAAUUGAAAAAAGGAGAUGAGAAAAACUCAGAUGUGUUUAGCAACGAACAUCUACUCAUUCUGGAGGACAGCGUAUUUGAGACAAUUAGCAAACGAGCUUGGACAGAUGUGCUACUGCAAGUAUACAAGGUGUUUGUUCUUCCUCGUGUUUCUUCGCAUAAGACCACUGAUCCGUUCAAUUUGGAAAAUGUACUGAACAUGCCAAGAAUAAAAUCAGAACCUUUAUCCAGUAACAUAUAUUCUCCAUAUGAACGAAUCAUCCUUACCUGGUUAAAUAAACAGUAUGAGAAGAAUCGAAAAAUUGUGUGGAAAGAUGGUCAAAAAGGUGAAGUACCACCAAUGAGAUGGAUAGUGAAUUUUGACCGAGAUCUUCUAGAUGGUCUGGUAUUGGCAGCACAGCUAGCAGCUUAUUGUCCAUACUUGAUUGCUACUCACUUUGUAAGGAUGUAUACUAAUGCAAAAACUCCUGCACAGUUUCUGCACAACUGUUUGAUACUAGUGAAUGCUAUGCACGCUGUCAAUCUGACUAUAGACAUAAAGGCCACUGACAUCUGUGAUCCAAACCCAGUCACGAUGCUUUUUCUGUGUGUCUACCUAUAUGAAAGCCUCCCACACUACUUACCCAAGAAGACUAUAGAAUUUACAGGUGCUCUCCAUGCAACUGUUGUUAAACAGGUGUGUCUGAAAAACCCGAGCAUUAAAACUUUGGUGUAUAAAGCUAUUCUUGUGGGAAGAGAUGCUGAUGAUUUUUCAUUACCUAAAGGAAACACUGUAAUCAUUUAUUCCAAGAGACAAACAAGUAUAAACGUGGAAUUCACUAGUCAUUUUCUGCGCCCUGCUGAAGCAGUUUUGCUACUGAUCUCAAAGAGCGUGGGUGGAAUAGGUGGUGCCACACUGUCAUUCUCUCUGAAAUCUGAAGUCAAGCAUAUUGAGCCUGCUGAUAUAUUAAAAUUCAAAUCCCCAUGUUAUGAGCUGAAGAAAGUUGUCCUAAAUGUUACUAAUCCCUUCAGAACUGAUGGCAUAUUCAGGGUCAUUUUGCUGGAAUCCACAAGUUGCUUAACUCAGCCAGAACAUAUAUAUCAAGCCAGGCAAGUAAAGCAAGAGCAAACAUUCACUUCUGAAAAUAAUGUGAUAAAUAGUAAAAACAGCGCACUGCCUAAUGAGCCAAAUGAAGAGAACAACUUUAAUUGCUCUGACCAGUCCAGCCUCCUUCAUGAGUUCUUCAGUCCAAUGGAAAAACUGUUCUUGACAGCGAGAAGUUCUGCAAGCUUAGAGAUUCAUUUUCUUCCUUUUAAUCUGGAAAAACGUUACUGCACUGUCAUUCUGGUUAAUGAACUGAUUGGAGAAUUUGUAUACCUGUUAGAAGGAACAGGUGAUAUACCUUUGCCUUCAGUACUGCUUCCAAUGGAUAGUCCAAAUGUUUUGCAUAUUAGCAGCACACUAGAAGGUCCAAGUGCAGCAGAGCCGGUUUUAUAUUUGAAAUGCAGUCUUGAGCAGACUCUUGAAGAAAAUCUCAGGAUUCCAUUGAUCAAUGAAUCAAGAGAAAGGGCUCUGGCUAUUGCUGCACAACAGCAAAUGUCAAAUAUAGAAUAUGAAAGAAGAAAGAUCACAGAGACUCUGGAUAGCAGUAGUGUCCGAGUUGCAACUGCAUUGCUAGGGCUGUCCAGAAUAGAGAGAUGCGAACUCCUAAAACCUCGUAAAUUCCCACCAGGGUUGAAGUAUGUUGAUUACAGCGUACAAGUGAGCGUGCAAGAAUUCUUUGAUGUUCCUGAGAAACUCUCUAUUCCAGUGUUGGCAUCUAGCAGAGUUCAUUUGAAAUGUCCUUCAACAAAAGAUGUUUCAUCUGAGAAAAUAGAUGGGAGUGAUGCAGUUGAGCUUCCUAUAAAAUUCAUUCCUCAGUAUACUGGUUGCUACCGCUGUGAGAUUCUCCUGAAGUCCUCCCGGGAUAUUCGUGUCUAUGUGAUUAAAUGUGUAGUGAAUACAAACCACACUGAAGCAGAGAUUGAAUUUCUAACUCCAGCUUACCAGGCAGUGAUUCAGGAUAUUCCAAUAAAUAACAUGUCCAGCCAGGACUGGAAACUUGAAGCAGUUUUGGAAGGACAGGGCUUUCAUGGCCCUCCUCUAAUAAAUGUGGGCAUAGGUGAAACAGCUCUGUAUCCUCUCAUGUUCAAGCCAGUUGCUGAGUGCUUAUCAACGGGAAGACUUAUUCUGCGAAAUGCUACGUCUGGCACUGAAAGCGUCUUUAGCCUUAAGGGAAUAGGGAAGAAACCUCUGGCACAGGAUCAUAUUGUAAUAGAUUGCCAAGUGAGACAGGUUACUCAAAAAGUAUUAUGGGUGCCCAAUUAUACCAAGAAAAAGUUAACAUACAAGGUAUCUUCAGAUCUUUCAAUGGUGGGUGGUGCACCAAUUCUUACGGUGGAAUCAGAUGACACAGUCGCUUACACUUUGAGUGUAUCUCCAUGGAGACGAGGAAUCUUUCAAGGUGUAAUUUCAUUUGUUGCUGAAGAUGAAGACCAACAGCAGGCUCAGCGUAACAGCUCACCAGAGAAGACAGAUGGUGAACAGGCCCUUCAGAAAUUGUCAGCAGAGACACCACAAACUGUUGAUAGAGCAAACACAGGAGGAAGUUCUUCAAAUUGCAAAGUGUGGUUUUCCUUAAAGAUUAACAGCAUACCUGCAGCACCUGAAAGAGUGAUAGAUGUAAAAUGCAGAGCUCUGAAUACUGUUGGAAUUCAUAUUCCUAUCAUGAAUCCUACAGACGAAAUUCUCCAACUAAGUGUGGUGUUGGAGAAUCAGUCACUUUCUGGACAAAAAUCUUUCACUCUUUCACCUAAACAAACAUUUUUUUAUCAAUUAAAGUUUUCUCCAGCUGUUGUUGGCACUUCAGAUGAAAGUGUCAUAUUCCUGUCAGACAUGGUUGGAGAGUUCUGGUAUGCACUGCAGCUGACUGUAGAGAAACCAUUGCCAACUAGUCUGCCUGAAAUAGAAUGUGAGCUUGGAAAAUGGGUUCGUCUACACAUUCCUCUCUUUAAUCCUACACAUGAAACUUUGGAAUUAGAAAUUGCUAACAGCAAUCCUAGCAUUUUUUCAACUGAGACUGAUCCAAAACAUCCUCUGAUUGUUACUCCUCAUUCCACCACUGAAGUACCCGUGCAAUUCUGUCCAUCUACCCUUGGAAGAGGAAAUCACAAGGCAUCAAUAACCUUCAAAUGUUCACAGUUUAUAGAAUGGAUAUUUUACCUGUCGGGGACUGGUCUUCCUCCUCAGUUGAUGGAACCAACUAGCAUAAGUGCGUGCAUUUUCCAGGGUUCUUCUGUCAUCAUAUCCUUCAAAAAUCCAACUCCUGAAAAUGUUCUGGUAGAUGUCAUGCUAACAGAUCAGGAACAGUCCAGUUGUCACCACAAUGCAUCUGUCCUAACCAUGUUCACUACUAAGGAAUCUGCUUUCCAUCUUCUGCUCAAACAGACACGAGGACUUCAAUUAGCUCCAAAAGAAAAACUGGACAUCCCAGUGUUAUUCAUGCCAGAUACAAUGAAAAUGUAUGAGGCUGCGGUGGUAAUUCAUGUAAUGAGGGAAAAUGGUGAAAACUGGCCUUAUGAGGAUUCUGCUGAAUUAAGUAAAGACUUAAAGAGCGUUACUGUGUCAGAGAAUGGGGGUAUUCAGGGAAUACUCUGGACCUAUCCAGUUCAUGGAAUACCUGAAGCACCACAGCAGAAAUUAGUGCCAGCUGUUGUAUGUUGUCAAGCCAGGCAGAGAGUAGAAAAAAGGGUAGAGGUGCUGCUAACUGGUGCAGUUCCUGGUGCAACUGCUAUGCCUGCCACAAGAAAUUCUGCAUUGAUCAAUAGACAUAAGCCAGCCAACAUCCAAGAAGUUCAAGUCACUGAUGGUUUCUCUACAACAGUGGAAUUUCUGUAUGAAUUACAAUAUCAGUCAAAUGAAAUUAAAUCUCAGCUUGAAUCUUUAGUUGGGAUGCAUCUGAUUCAAAGAGAAUGGGAUCCAGAAUCUGGAAUUAUAACGCUGGUAUUUAAUAUAGUGUUUGCACCUAACAAACCAAUGAGGAAUGAAGGAACUCUAGUAGUACACUGCACUACAGGAGGUAUUUGGAAGUUUCCAAUGCUGUUCAUUGCUACAGAGCCAGAAGUGGAUGAUGUCAUCAACAUUGAAGGAAUUGGCCUAAAUAAGGAAUCUAUUGUUGAUUUUAAGCUUACAAGCCAGACAAGGUACCCUGAGCCAUUCACUGCAUAUUUCCUGGCGGGCAGUGAUCCUGACUUUGUUGUACUGCCGCAAGCUGGAGAACUUCUUCCAGUGGGCACUGUUGGAACCCAUAUAACAGUGGGAUUCAAGCCAAGAAUGUAUGGCAAGAAGCAUAAAGCAACACUUGUAAUUCAGACUCAAUCAAUGCAGUGGACAUAUGAAAUCAAUGGCCUGCCUCCACAGACCACACCACCUACAAGGCCAGCAAAAGUAGUUUCUACUAGCGGUUACAUAAGAUCAGCGACAGUUCGACAGCGCAAUUUCUUACGUGAAAAUCUGAAGCUUACAACCACUGGGGUAUCCUCACCAAUCAAGGGGGCACCUUUAGUCCUGAGGACAAAAUAGAGAAAAGAUAAAGCUUUGUUGUGGGUUUUUGUUUGUUUGUUUUGGGGAGGGUGGCGGGACCACAUGAGGUGGAUACCUUUGUCAAAUAAACUCUGCAAAUACAAAUAUGUGUUUUUUAUAUAUUUUUAAAGCAGAUAUGAUAUGCAUUGAUGGUACUCUUUAUGUGGAGGAUCCAAAGUGUCUCAAAUCCAAUAAUUUUUUUUUUUUUUUUAUAUGAGGGAUUUAAGUUGUGUACCUAAUGGUGCAUAUAUUUCAUACAAAUGUCAGCAAAUUUUAGUAAGGAAAAAGGAUUGAGUUGAAAAAGUAUACAUGGAAAUUUGGGAAUUUGAGAUAAUGCUUUGCUUUAGGAGGAAUGUUAGUUUGGUAAGUCUUCAGUAGGAAGCCAUAAAGAAUGUUUUGUGUGUUGUUCAGUAUAUUACUUGCAUGCAAACCAAGCAGGCAAGCUAAUCCCUGAUGUCUUUCAUGAUCAAAUGCUUACCCAAAUUUUGCAAUACUUUGGUAAGGUGCAGGAAUACAGGUUUACGUAUCACAUGUCCAGAGCCUGAAUGUCUUUAGAUUCACUUCCUUUGGAAAAUGUCAUUAAUUUUGACAUUUCUGCUUUGUCUAAAAUAAUUUUGUCCUGACUUAUUCAUCACAUAACACUUCAAAUUCUUAGGUUAUUACACAUAAUAUAGAAUAAAAAUAAAAAAAUCUACCUUUUUUUUUUAAAAAAAAUAAAUCUUUGAGAUUGUUUUUGCUGACUUUACUAACAGAAUGCAGAAUGUGAAUUGUAUUUGUGCCUUUAUUUUAAUGGCUGAAUAUCGUUUAACAAAAAGAUAGCUUGGCACAGAGUAAGUGCUUUCUUGGCACAAUUACAGAUUGAGCAUCAUUGCUCAGGAAUGGGGAGCCUGAGAACAACCUAUGUAGGUCAGUGUAAAUGAGUACCAAUAAAACCAUUUUACCGCUAUGUGCUUGAGGAUUUUGUUUAUGCCACACAUUUUAGAGAAGCUAUUACAGAAAAUGUUGGGAACAUAUAAAACAGUGAUGGCACUGUUUAGUCUCUACUUUUUAAUGCAGUGAGCCCCAUUUUGAUCAGAAAACAGAUAAUCUGAACCAAGAAUAAAAUUUCCCUUACAGAUUCAGUACACAACACAUGAAAGACACUGUCCAUAGUAAUAUUUGGUAUAUUUAUAGAAAACAUUAAGAAGCUCUUGUAACAUUUGUCUUAUAUGUGACUGGGAACACAAAUACAUCUAGAUUUCAUAGGAGAGCUCUAUCUACGUGUGUAAUUGAAUCAAGUGUUUCUAUUGACUGUAAGAAAUGAGAAUUUAUGGAUCAGAAAUACGCAGUGGAUUCACAACUGAUUAUUGGUCACAGCGUUCAAGCUGUCAGUGACAGCUUUUCUUUGUUAAAGCUUUGUUUUCCUGUUUUUGCUUUUUAAAAGCUUUUCUUUCUCAUUUGAAAUCACAGCUUUUUGCAAGAUCCUCAAAGCUUUAUAAGGUGAUUUAACUAAGGACCAUUGUAUCUGUGUGCUUGUAACAUCCACAAUGUUUUACAUAUUAUCCACAUACUUUUAUAUAUUCCACUGACUAUAUACACUUUAUUAAAAAUAAAUUCUUUUACUUCAUGACUUCA